GGAGGUGACGGAACAACGGCCGCAUGCACUACGCAAGAUACCUUCGACGUCUACCCGUAAGACGGCCGCUUUAAUCCAGAAGCGAUGGACGACGAUGACAAGAAGAAAUGCGGCGAACAAGGCUGGGAACAGUGGGCGGGACUCAAUCCGAGAGACCUUCGCAUACAGAUUUACCUCUCUUUGGCACUUGGUAUAAGCGCUUUUUUGCUCUUUUGUUACCUCCGCCCCCGCUGGAAAGGCCUGUAUUCUGCGCGCAAAAAGCAAAACAACCAAGCGACUGCUCUUCCCGAGCUCCCCGAUAGUUUCUUUGGAUGGAUUCUACCGCUAUGGCGCAUAACGGACGAGCAAGUGCUGAAGUCGGCGGGAUUGGAUGCAUACGUGUAUCUCGCCUUUUUCAAAUUGGCUAUUAAGUUCUUCCUCGUCGCGCUAUUCUUCGCUCUCGCCGUCAUAAAACCAGUCCACGAUACCCAUAAAGAUGUCAAGAUCCCGGAGGACGGGCGUAAAAAGCAUGACAAGCGCGAAGACCUGUCAAUGUUGGUAGCAAUGGCUUCAGACUACGAAUCGUAUACCGAUUACCUAUGGAUGUAUCUCGUCUUCGCCUACUUUUUUACCGCCUUCCUGUUGUACCUUAUUGUUUCGGAGACAAGGAAGAUCAUCGAGGUGCGACAGAAGUACUUGGGCAGCCAGAAGACCAUCACAGACCGCACGAUCCGCCUCUCCGGGAUCCCACUUGAGCUCAGAUCAGAGACGAAGAUCAAGGAGUUUAUUGAAGAUCUCGAGAUUGGAACAGUCGAAAGUGUCACCCUGUGCAGGAACUGGAAGGAGUUGGAUGAACGCGUGGUGGAAAGACAAACCGUUUUGAGGAAACUUGAAGAAGCAUGGACUGUGUAUCUCGGCAACCGCAGGGUGGAGAGAAGCUUGGAAACCUUACCCCUUGUUCAGCCCCGGCCUCCAGCGCCUGAAGUACACCAUGAUGACGAUGAGCACGGAGAUGAAUCUAGUCAACUCCUAAACGACACUGAUCGAGACCCCGAUUACGCUAUUCCUUACUCAAGACCACGUCCAAUGGCGAAGAUAUGGUUCGGUCGCUUCAAAAUGCGUUUCAGAAACGUGGAUGCGAUCAACUACUACGAAGAGAAGCUGAGGAGACUGGAUGACGACAUCAAAGCAUUGCGCCAGAAGGAAUUCGAGCCAACUCCACUUGCCUUUGUGACUAUGGACAGCGUCCCAUCUGCCCAGAUGGCUAUACAAGCAGUCUUAGACCCUUCGCCUCUGCAGCUCCUCGCCAACAACAGCCCCGCUCCCCCGGACGUGGUCUGGACUAACACCUACUUAUCUCGUGGGAAAAGAAUGUUGCGGGCUUGGUCUAUCACAGUCUUGAUCGGAUUGCUUACAGUAUUUUGGACGGCCCUGUUGGUCCCGAUCGCAGGUGCCUUGAACACGUGUGCUAUACACGAAGUGUUUCCCGGCUUGGCAGAUGUUCUCAAAGAUCAUCCAGUGUUGCAGUCUUUGGUCAAUACUCAAUUGCCCACUUUGGCGGUAACACUACUCAACGUCUUAGUCCCUUUUCUCUAUGACUGGUUGGCGAACCAGCAAGGAAUGAUUUCACAGGGAGACGUUGAGCUGAGUGUUAUAUCCAAGAACUUCUUCUUCACAUUCUUCAAUUUCUUCUUUGUCUUUACAAUCCUCGGGACAGGUUCGGGUUUCAUUGCUCUCCUGGAAAGCUUCAAAGAGAAGCUCCGCGAUGCAUCCGUUAUAGCCAACACUUUGGCGAAGUCUUUGGCGAAACUUCUCGGAUUCUAUACCAACUUCAUCAUCCUCCAAGGUUUUGGCCUGUUUCCACUGCGUCUCUUGGAGUUCGGCGCUCUCUCACUCUAUCCCAUCAACCUGAUCGGAGCAAAAACACCUCGAGACUAUGCCGAGUUAGUUCAACCGCCCGUAUUCAGCUACGGCUUCUUUCUGCCUCAGACUAUCCUCAUCUUCAUCAUAUGUCUCGUUUACAGCGUACUCCGAGACUCCUGGCAGGUAUUGCUCAGUGGCCUGGCCUACUUCAUGAUCGGUCAUUUCGUCCACAAAUACCAGCUAUUGUAUGCUAUGGAACAUCGCCAGCACUCGACUGGAAGGGGAUGGACGAUGAUGUGUGAUCGUGUCAUCGUCGGUUUGGUCCUCUUCCAGCUGACUCUCGCUGGCCAGCUUGCAUUGAAAACUGCUUUCAAACGCGCGGUUCUCAUUGCUCCGUUAGCCGCCGGUACACUUUGGUUUGCCUAUGUAUAUGGGAGAACGUACCGUCCGUUGAUGAAGUUCAUCGCAUUACGGAGUUUGAAACAGGCAGAGCAUUCGGAUCUAGGAAGAGGCGUCCAAGAGGAAGCGAGUUCAGAAGGCCAGCAAACUUUGGACGAAGCCCGUGAGAAAGAAAUGCGGUUCGCACACCCGAGUCUGGUUAUGAGUCUCGAUGACGUUUGGAUUGUGGACAAGCGAGCUAGGUCUCAGAACGGCUCGGCUGCCUAUAGCGAUUGAGAUAGUGAGCGCGGGUCUCGCUCUUUCCUUCUCUGUGAUUACUUAAUUUGGGCAACUUUCGUGUACUUCCCAUGUUUGCCCGGCCCUUUCCGUAUACGCAUUUUUGACACCUGUUUCCUCUUGCUCUCGCUUGAUUUUGACGCCUUAUACCCACUUACUUUUCCUCAAUACAACACAAUGUUUCGUCUGCCCUCACGGCCGUUUGGCCUCACCCUCACCCUUGUAUAGUAAUACCUCAUCCUUCAAUUGACCAUACGCUCGGGCAUCUGAGU